AUCUACACGUUGCGCAGAAGGCCAUCCGACGCCAUUUGCGCGUAUAGCGGUACCCGCUAUGGUCACGCUACGCCCGCCGACGCUCUCUAUACCUCCACCGGCUCUUCGAUGGAUUGGGUGGAGCGCGAGCUGGAGCCCGAAUUUGCCUACACGAUCGAAGUCCGGCCAGUGACACAAGAAUACGGCUUCAUCCUGGAAAAGGAUCUCUUGUUGCCGGCGUCCAAGGAAAUUGCCAUCGGCAUCAACGUAGUGUUGACGGAGGCGAUGGGCUUCCGGCAGACGCCGUUCCGCUUCACCGGCUCAACCCCGAAGCCCCAGAAACAUAUCCUGGAGCAACGCGACCCACCGGUCGACGAGCCGCUCGACGAGAAUUGGAUGAAGUGGCUGAACGACAAC